AUGGCCGACGAGGACGAGCGCAUUAAAGCUGAGAAGCUCGCUGCUGCCAAGAAAAGGGUAGCGCAGCUCCAGAAACAGAAGAAGAAGGCCAGCAAGAAGGCUUCAACCAACACGGAGACAUCCAAGGAUACCGAGAGUCCUAAAGAUGUCGAAGCUACGCAAGAGUCUGCGGCUACCACGGAGACUACCCCUCCAGUAGACCCCCCCGCCGACGAGAAGCCGCAAGAACCUACGCCUGCAGACACUGCAACCCCGGAACAACCACCAGAGCCAGAAUCGCAAGAAAAGCCAGCUGAACCAUCCGAACCUGUCGAGUCUCCUGUCGAGCCCAUGCCCUCGGCCCCCACCCCGCCUGAUCCAGAGGCCGAGCCGCAGCCUGCACGUCUGGAUACCCCUCGCGCCGGCCAUGGCCGCCAGGCGUCCCUGUCGAUUCAGUCGAAGAUGCGCUCGUCAUCGUUCCGCAGGUCCUCCAUAUCUCAAGGAAGCGCCCAAUCUCCAUCCGCCCUCAAGUCUCCAUCGCAGCCUCUGCCGCCCUUGACUGGGGACGGGGAGUCCGUCCAUGAAGUGUUCCGGAAACAGUCAACGAAGAUUGAGGAACUGGAGAAGGAUAAUAAGAGGCUGGAGAAAGAGCUUUCGGAUGCGACGACUCGCUGGCGCAAGACGGAGGACCAGUUGGAGGAUCUGCGGGAGGCGAGUGUGGAUGGGGCGGAGUUGAGGGAGCGAUUGAAACAAGCUGAGGAGAAGGUGGCUAGUAUUGAGGCUUUGAAAGAGGAGAUUGCCUCGCUACAACGGCAAAACUCACAGCUCCAGUCUCGGUCACACCGCAACAAUGCUAGUAUCUCCGUGCCCGGGACGUCAGAAUCGCCGCCAGCGGAUCUUGUGCGCCAGUUAGAAUCCAAAUCCGCCACUAUUGAAGCCAUGGAACUAGAGAUCUCCAAUCUGCGCGCCCAGGUGACGUCGCAGACAUCCUCGAAGAGCGCCCAUGAGACACAGGUGACCGCCCUCGAAGAGAAGCUAUCAGAGAGCCAGGCCACCCUCGAAAAGUCACAGCGUGAACUCAAUGAUACAAAGCUAGCUCUCACUCGCGCCUCCGAGAAAGCAGUCAAGGAAGGCGUGGACAAGACAUCUACCGAAACCCUGAUCAAAUCGCUGCAGCGCGAGAUCGAAGAGUUGAAGAAUGAGAAGGUUGAGGGUGAAAAGAAGAUCGAGACCUUGGACAAGAAACUCCAAGCAUUGGGUAAUCUUCACAAAGAAUCAGAGGCUCGGCAUCAGACUCGGCUACGCGAGAGUGAGAAAGCAGAGAAAGAAACCGCGGUCCUACGGAAGAAGCUCGCCAGCAUUGAAAACGAGAACCUUCGCCUCCGUGAGGAGCGUGAUCGCAUGCGCAAGCGUGAUGCCGGUGGUGCAGACGACGAAGCCCUCGAUGAGCUCGAAGACGAAGAACGCCAGCGUCUUGAGCGCCGAAUUCGCGAAUUGGAAGGCGAAAACUUUGACCUGCGUCGCGGCGUCUGGAAGGAGAAGCGCUCGGAGCUGACUGGCCAGCAAUAUUCCGACGAAGGACCCGAGUCUGCAGGUGACGUUGCGGCGAAUGCCUUUGACGAUGUCGACCUAGUUGGCGGUCGACCCGAUCACUCGCGCCGUCGGAGCAUGGCCUUGCAGCAGCAACACUCGUCCUUCUCAGAUGUUCUGUCUAGUGGCUUUGCAGCAUUUACAGGUGGUAAUCGCGCGCGCGCUGGCUCGUCGAACCCACCGCACCCAGCUACCCGCGGUAGUCUCGAGCUCUUGUCGGAGGAGAAUCUGGAAGAUGAAUUCGAUGAGGCAGAGUUCGCCCGCGCACAGGCUGAAGAGGAGGCCCGUAAGCGGGUGGAGUGGGUGCGUGAAAUCAAGCGCAAGCUCCGGGAUUGGCAGGGCUGGCGUCUGGAUCUGGUUGAUAGUCGGGCUGGGGCUGAAGGUCCUGGUUUGGCUUUGGGGCAGAUCUUUGAGGUUUGA